AUGUCUCCCUCCAGAGUGCGAAACACCCGGUCCAAGACUAAAGGAAAACGCCUCUCUGAACUCAAUGAAAAUGGUCAACGACAAUCAAGUACCAAUCGUGGAGAUUCUGGCACAGUCAUCGUUCAAUUGGCUAUUCCAAUCAUAAAGCAAGCUCACAAAACAUCUCUUCUCAAAAAUAACAAACUCAAUAACUCUCGCUUCCGGUCCAUUCUGGUCCAGACCGUUUAUGGAAACAUUACAAGCUUUAGAUCCAUGGUCUCGAUAGUAUCAUCGUUCCUUCUUAACGGGUGCAAACUAUCAUCUCACCCUAACGAGUUACCCAUGCUUCGUAACGAGUCAAAAACUACUGGUUCUUUCUACUUUGGUUCCUUGUCUUGUUUUUUUUCCCGUUUUCUUGUGAUUUUUUCUCUUUCUUUUCCUUUUCCUUGGGUCCUGUUCUGGUACACUGGUCAUAUUAUCCAAAACUGCAUUUAUAUUUCUUUUGACCGUAAGGUUUACCUUACUCUAAUCGGGGGAUAUGUUGCAGCCAAUAAUAGUGUGGCUUGCUGUUACACAGUAUAG